AUGCCCGGCGCGCUAGACGGGCCGUCGAAGGAUCGGAGGCAGAUGGCGAUGGUGCAUGCCAGGUCGGCCGCGGCGACCAGGCUGCGUUCGAGAGCGGUGUCAAUGGCUGAGGGAACAGCACUCGAGCAAGUCGAACGCGAGGGAACGCAGCCGAGAAUGUCGGGCACGAGUGUCGCGGCGCUGCGGCGGACCAGCAGCGAGCUGGCUGGUGCUGGCAUGUCGAGGCAGGAGCGCCGUCGGUCAUCCCUGCCAGCUGCAACAACAACACCGCACCGGGCGGCUCUCAUGGCAGACAUCGAGGCACCGCCCCGCGAGCUGCGCCUCGGACUCCUACGCUUCCUGUGCUGCAUGGGCUGGCAGAGACGUCCGCGGAAGCAGCAGAUUGUGCAGGCUUACAGGCCGCGCCUGCUCCGCAAGGCGGUGCAGCCCACAACGAUCGUCAUCAACGGGCCCGUUUCCGACGAACACAUCCUGAUGCUCCAGAGACUGGCGAGGGGCGGACACGAACUCAACAUCCAGCCCUCGACAAGCACAGCGCUUCGGCGACGCGUCGCAGCCGGCCGCUCGGCCCCGAUCGCGCGCUCACGGCUGUUUGACGACACGUUGUCGCGAUCACGGACAUUGCGGGCACUGCCCCCAGCACCAACGGCGUCUCGCCCGACGCUGCGCCUCACGUCCGCGGAGCGCCGGCCCCGUCUCUCUGAGACGAGAGAGUCUGUCAGCAGGGCGACAUUCUCCCGCAGCGUCUCUCCAGGGCGGUUCCCGGCCCCGAGCGCCGCGGCAUCUCUGCGCCUUGCAGGCGUGGUUUCGCCGCCGACGUACAGACACUCGGAGCGAGCGGCCGCCAUCAGCGUGCCACGGGGCCGCGACGUCCUGCGGCGGCGUCCCGAGUCGACCUCAGUGCAUCCCGCUGCGAGGCAGACAGCGCGCUGUCCUAGCAGGACCCGGGAGACGCACGGAGACGGACGCGACAGCUCGGUUGUUGAGCCCGAAGCAGCUCCUCCGAGGCCGACGACCGCGAACCCCGCGCCAACCGACCUCCCCAUCGACCAAGCACUGAGCGCCCUCGACGCAGACAAGCUCUUCGAACUCUCAGCCACGGACAUGGAAGGGUUCGCGUCUGACACGGGCCGCAUUGAGAUGGUCCAGCAGCAGCUCAAGCAGCUCGUCGCGGCGAUUCAGGCUCGGACGGAGCGUGCGAAGAACCGCACACGCAGGGGCCCCGCCGCGGCCGCAGAGCAACCGGUCGCUGCGCGGAGCGGCGCCCCAAAGCAGGCUGUCGCUGCGGCGCAUGCGCCUGCGCCUGCGCGAGCCCGUGCGUCCCGCACGACGCCCGUGCACGUGCGGAAAAGGGCUCCGCGGCACGCGUCGGACCUCGUGGCGCCGCUGAAGCAGGGCGCUGGAUGGGAGACGUCGGACGUGCCAGCCGGACUGGUGGAGCGCGCGAUGCCGCACACCAGCGUGCUGGCGGUCACCCGCGACGACGAUGCGAGCAGUAGCUCGUCGUCGGAGGGCGAGGUCAUCCACGAGGCGCGGGCGAAGUUCGGAAUCUGA